AUGUGCCCUCAACUUCAAGAGGAAGAUUAUGAAGAAGCAAAAGCCAUAGGAGGUUUUCUUGGAUCUAGUCAAAGGGGAUAUGAGCAACCACGAGGUGAUCAAAGAUGGAACAACAAUCAAGGUUGGGGAGGAGAUCAACAAGGGAACUAUCAACCAAGUCAACCACAUCAAUACCAACAAAGACUACCUUUUCCACCACAAAACUUUCAGCCAAGGCAACCACAACACCCUCCUCAACAAACGGGUUCAUCAAAGACAAAAGCAAGCAUAAAGAACAUAGAGAAACAAGUUUCACAACUUGCUAUUUCCGUAAGCAAACUAGAAUCUCAAGGAAAGUUGCAUGCCCAAACUGAAGCAAACCCAAGGCACAAUGUAUGUGCCAUCACAUUGAGAGGCGGGAAGAGUUAUGAUGGUCCAAAAUUGUCGGUUGAUCAAAAGGAAGAAGAAAUAGUAGUUGAAGAGGCGACCAAAGAAGAGAAGGAGGAAGAGAAAACAAUCAAAAAGAAGCCCUUCAUCACUGAGUCUAAAGCCACACCUGCUCCAUUUCCCGAAAGAUUAAAGAGCACGAAGAAAGAACGGGAGGAGAAUGAGAUCAUGAAAAUGUUCAAGAGAGUUCAAAUCAACAUUCCACUCCUCGAGGUCAUCAAGCAGGUACCUAGAUACGCAAGGUUCCUUAAGGAUCUUUGUGUAUCUAAAAAGAAAUUAAAAGGAAAUCAAGUCGUAACAGUUGGGGAGCAUGUAUCCGCGGUUUUGCAAAAGAGGAUGCCCCCGAAGUGCAAGGAUCCCGGUGUCUUUACCGUGCCUUGCAAGUUGGGGAAUUUUUAUGUACCCCGAGCUAUGCUUGAUCUAGGUGCAUCCGUAAAUGUCCUACCAUAUUCUCUUUUCAAAUCAAUUGGUGUAGGAACAUUGAGCAAAACCGGUGUGAUCAUCCAACUUGCUGAUUGGUCUUUGGUACACCCAAAGGGAGUAUUAGAGGACGUGUUAGUGCAAGUCGAUGAAUUUGUCUUCCCGGCUGAUUUUUGUGUCUUAGAUAUGGGAGAUGAUGACUCUCCAAGUUCAAGUUCCAUACUUUUGGGUAGACCUUUUCUUAAAAAUUCUAAAACAAAAAUCGAUGUCUAUAAUGGAACUUUGAGUAUGGAAUUUGAUGGUGAAGUUAUCAACUUCAAUGUGCAUGAAGCAAAAAAGACUCCUUUUGACGUUCAAUCUGUUAAUUUUGUCAAUUUGAUCCAUCCCUCAACAAAAAAGGGUUUGAACUUGUCUAACAAUGAAUUUCUAGAAUUAGUUUUGUCACGGAAACUAGACAGGGACAAAGCCAAAGAGCUUGCAAAGAAGUUUGAUAUGGAUAAUGAUGUGUUGGAGAUUUUAGAGUUUAUUGAUGACAAGAAGCAUGUGAGUAGUGAUGAUAUGUUAGAGAGGCCCACGUAUCCAGACUGA